AAGAUAAACCAUUAGACAAUCAAUGGAAGCCUUUACCCAUCUUUUGGUCUGCUCUUUCUUCUUCUCCCUCUUAAGAACCUCCAUUUCACAAGACAGUACUAUUACUCCAAAUCAAUCCAUCAGAGACGGUGGCACUUUAGUUUCAGCUGACGGAUCAUUUCAAUUGGGAUUCUUCAGCCCAGGUAACUCCAAAAAUCGAUACGUGGGAAUAUGGUACAUGUUAUCUUCGGAGACAAUUGUAUGGGUAGCCAACAGGAACGCUCCGCUUAACGAUCACUCUGGAAUUCUUACGGUCACUGGUGAUGGAGUUCUUGUGCUUCUUAAUAGCACGAAUGGUAUUGUUUGGUCAUCUAAUACAUCAAGACCCCCUGAAAAUCCAGUUGCACAGCUCUUGGACACUGGAAAUCUUGUUGUGAAAGAUGGAAAUGAGAACUUUUUGUGGCAGAGUUUUGAUUAUCCUUGUGACACACUCCUACCAGAAAUGAAGCUUGGAUGGAAUUUAGUAACUGGUCUAGAAGGGUUUUUAUCAUCUUGGAAGAGCACGGAAGAUCCUGCUCCAGGUGAGUAUUCUAUACGCAUAGAUCCUCGUGGUCUUCCGCAAAGAGUUAAUAUGAAUGGAGAUUCAAUAAAGAACAGACCAGGGUCAUGGAAUGGCCUUGGUUUUACGGGUCGUGGGUUAAGACCGAAUCCAGUAUUUGAGUAUGGAUUCGUGCUAAAUGAGACGGUGAUCUAUUACGAGUACAAACUCAUAAAUAGAUCUGUUUUCUCAAGAUAUGUGGUAAACCCAUCAGGCGUUGCGCAGCGAUUCAAUUGGGUAGAUCGGACACACAGUUGGGAGCUUUUCUUUACAUCCCAAGCAGAUCAGUGCGACAAUUAUGCAUUAUGUGGUGCAUAUGCUUCCUGCAACAUCAAUAACUCUCCUGUAUGUGCAUGCUUGGAAGGAUUCUUACCCAAGUCUCCAAAAGAUUGGGAUUCAGUAGAUUGGUCUAAAGGGUGUGUUCGAAGGACUUCUUUAGAAUGCAAUGACGGAGACGGAUUCCGAAAGCGCACGAGGGUGAAAUUGCCGGACACAUCUUCUUCUUGGUAUAACAAGAGCACGACUCUCAAGGAAUGCGAAGGAAUGUGUUUGAAAAAUUGCUCCUGCACAGCAUAUGCGAGUUUAGAUGUCAGGCGGGGAGGAAGCGGCUGCGUGCUUUGGUUUGACAACCUUGUUGACAUAAGAGAAUCCACUGAGGGUGGACAAGACCUCUAUAUAAGGAUGAAAAAGAGGCAGAGGCGCUCCAGCAAGACGAAACUAGUAGCAAUUAUAGUCGGCUCAGCAUUACUAGUCGUGGGAAUGGCAAUAGUUGGGAUGGUCUCAUACAUAUGGAAGAAGAAACUCAAAAACCAAGGGAAGGAUUAUGACAAUAAAGAAGGAAAGGAAGAUAUGGAGUUACCGAUAUAUGAUUUGGCAGCCAUAAUUAAUGCAACAGAUAGUUUUUCCAACAAUAACAAGCUCGAAGAAGGUGGCUUUGGACCUGUGUACAAGGGUAUAUUGCCAGACGGGAGAAAUAUAGCUGUGAAGAGGCUUUCAAAGAAUUCUAGACAAGGACUGAAUGAGUUCAAAAAUGAAGUUAUUUUGAUUGCCAAACUUCAACACCGUAAUCUUGUGAAGAUCCUCGGUUGUUGCAUUGAAAAAAAUGAAAACAUGUUAAUCUAUGAAUACAUGCCCAACAAAAGUUUGGACUGCUUUAUUUUUGAUCAAGCAAAGAGUAAAUUGCUAGAUUGGCAUAAGCGCAUUAACAUUAUUCGUGGUGUUGCUAAAGGGAUUCUCUAUCUUCAUGAAGAUUCUAGACUGAGAAUUAUUCAUAGAGAUCUCAAAGCUAGCAAUAUUCUUCUAGAUAACAAUAUGAAUCCAAAAAUUUCGGACUUUGGCCUUGCUAGAUCAUUUGGGGGAGAUCAAAUUGAUUCUGAGACCAAUAGGAUUAUUGGAACACAUGGUUAUAUGUCUCCCGAGUAUGCGGAGCAUGGACAAUACUCGGUAAAAUCUGAUGUAUAUAGCUUUGGUGUUUUAGUAUUAGAGAUAGUAAGUGGGAAGAGGAACAGAGGAUUUUGUCACCCAGACCACCACCUAAAUCUUCUUGGACAUGUAUGGAAACUAUGGAUUGAAGACAGACCAAUUGAAUUGAUCGAUGAAUUGAUAGGUGACUUGUGCAAUCUAUCCAAUGUAUUUCGACACAUUCAUGUGGGUUUGUUAUGUGUUCAACAAAGACCGGAAGAUAGACCAAAUAUGUCGUCUGUGGUUCAAAUGUUUAGUAGUGAGAGUUUCUUGCCUAAGCCGAAACAGCCAGGUUUCUUUACAUAUUCACUAGAACAUAAUUUGGAUAGAAGAGUCAAAAAGAGAAAAAGAAAAUCUAUGGAAGUCAUUAACCAUCUUUUAGUCUGCUAUUUCUUCUUCUCCCUCUUGAGAACCUCCACUUCACAAGACAGUACCAUUACUCCAAAUCAAUCCAUCAGUGACGGUGGCACUUUAGUUUCAGCUGACGGAUCAUUUCAAUUGGGAUUCUUCAGCCCAGGUAAUUCCAAAAGUCGAUACGUAGGAAUAUGGUACAUGUUAUCUUCAGAGACAAUUGUAUGGGUAGCCAACAGGAACGCCCCGCUUAACGAUCAUUCAGGAAUUCUUACGGUCACUGGUGAUGGAGUUCUUGUGCUUCUUAAUAGCACGAAUGGUAUUGUUUGGUCAUCUAAUACAUCAAGACCCCCUGAAAAUCCAGUUGCACAGCUCUUAGACACCGGAAAUCUUGUUGUGAAAGAUGGAAAUGAGGACUUUUUGUGGCAGAGUUUUGAUUAUCCUUGUGACACACACCUACCGGGAAUGGAGCUUGGAUGGAACUUUGUAACUGGUCAAGGGAGGUUUUUAACAUCUUGGAAGAGCACGGAUGAUCCUGCUCAAGGUGAGUAUUCAAUACGCAUAGAUCCUCAUGGGCUUCCGCAAAGGGUUAUUAUGAAGGGAGAUUCAAUAAAGACUAGAGCAGGGUCAUGGAAUGGCCGUACUUUUACGGGUAGUCAAGGGUUAAGACCAAAUCCAGUAUAUGAGUAUGAAUUCGUGUGGAAUGAGAAGGAGGUUUAUUUCGAGUACAAACUCCUAAAAGCUUCUGUUUUCUCAAGAUAUGUGGUUAACCCGUCAGGCAUUGCGCAACGAUUUAAUUGGGUGGAUCGGACACACAGUUGGGAGCUUUACUUUACAUCACAGGCAGAUGUGUGCGACAAUUUUGCCUUAUGCGGUGCAUAUGCUACUUGCAACAUCAAUAAAUCUCCUGUAUGUGCAUGCUUGGAAGGUUUCUUACCUAAGUCUCAAACAGAUUGGGAUUUAGCAGAUUGGGCUGCUGGGUGUGCUCGAAGGACUCCUUUGGAAUGCAAUGACACACAUGGAUUCCAGAAGCACCCGCGGGUGAAAUUGCCCGACACAUCUUCUUCCUGGUUUAACAAGACCCUGACCCUCAAGGAAUGCCAAGGAUUGUGCUUGAAGAACUGCUCCUGCACAGCAUAUGCACCUUUAGAUGUUAGGGAGGGAGGAAGCGGCUGUGUGCUUUGGUCUGGUAGCCUAGUUGACAUAAAAGAAUACCCUGAGGGUGGACUAUUCCGACAAGACCUCUAUAUAAAGAUGGCUAUUUCAGAAUUGGAUCAUCUUGAGAAAAAGAGGCACCCCAGCAAGAAGAAACUUGUAGCAAUUAUAGUGGGCUCAGCAUUUCUAGUUGUGGGAAUGACAACAGUUUCACUGGUCUCACACAUAUGGAAGAAGAAAUUCAGAAAUCAAGGAACGACAAAAACAAGUCAGAGAAAGAUAUAUUCUGACAAUGAAAGUGGGAAGGAAGAUAUGGAGUUACCAAUAUUUGAUUUGGCAACCAUAGCUAAUGCAACACAUAAUUUUUCAAACAACAACAAGCUGGGAGAAGGUGGCUUUGGUCCCGUGUACAAGGGUACAUUGCCAGACGGGAUAGAAAUAGCUGUGAAGAGGCUUUCAAAGAAUUCUAGACAAGGAUUAAACGAGUUGAAAAAUGAAGUUAUUUUGAUUGCCAAACUUCAACAUCGUAAUCUUGUGAAGCUUUUUGGUUGCUGCAUUCAAGAAAAUGAAAACAUCUUAAUCUAUGAAUACAUGCCCAACAAAAGCUUGGACUCUUUUAUUUUCGAUCAAGCAAAUAGUAAAUUACUUGAUUGGCAAAAGCGUAUCAACAUUAUUCUUGGUGUUGCUAAGGGGAUUCUCUAUCUUCAUGAAGACUCUAGACUAAGAAUUAUCCAUAGAGAUCUCAAAGCUAGCAAUAUCCUUCUAGAUAACAAUAUGAAUCCAAAAAUUUCGGACUUUGGCCUUGCUAAAUUAUUUGGGGGAGAUCAAAUUGAUUCCGAGACCAAUAGAAUUAUUGGAACAUAUGGUUAUAUGUCUCCCGAAUAUGCGAUGCAUGGUCGGUACUCAGUAAAAUCUGAUGUAUUUAGUUUUGGAGUUUUAGUAUUAGAGACACUGAGUGGGAAGAAGAAUAGAGGAUUUUGUCAUCCAGACCACCAGCAUAAUCUUCUUGGACAUGCAUGGAAACUAUGGAUUGAAGAGAGGCCAAUAGAGUUGAUUGAUGAAUUGGUAGGUGACUCAUGCACUCUAUCUAAUGUAUUACGACAGAUUCAUGUGGGUUUGUUAUGUGUGCAACAAAAGCCAGAAGAUAGACCAAACAUGUCGUCUGUUGUUCAAAUGUUGAGCAGUGAGAGUUCAUUACCUAAGCCAAGGCAGCCAGGUUUCUUUACAGAUUCAGUUGAACCUGAUCCUUCAUCUAGCAAGCAUGAAACUUGUUCAACAAACGAAAUCACUAUUACAUUGUUGGAAGCACGGUAAUUAUCAUCAAAAUGAGAGCAAAAUUGAGAUUUUUUUUAAAAAAAAAGAAUUUAUGUAAUAAUGGUUUCGGCUUAUUUUGCUGAACAAAAAAGUUAUGGAAGCUACUACUCUUUACGACAGAAAGGUCAAAAAGAUAAAUAGCUUUGGCUUGGUGUAAGGUUGCUCCUACUUGAUUCAUGUUGAUUAUUCAUCUAGUGGAUUAGUCUUUUACACGUUGGACUAAUCAUGUGUUUCAAAGUGUGUGUUCUUUGAAUAAUUUUAGAAUCAGUUC